AUGGCACCCAACAGCAAGCGGAGCGCCGCUAAGGACGACGACUUUGUCCUGACGCUGUCCGACGAGGAGGACGUUCCCCGUUUUGACGACGACGAGAACGAGAACGAGUUCGCGGAGGAAGAUGACAAUGCGCAAUCUGCCGAUACGAAAAAGCGCAAGCGCGAUGUUGAAACCACCAAGGAAAAGAACAAGAAGCAAAAGCAGCAAGCUAAGAAUGGGAAGAACAAGAAAGACAAGGCAGAGCCUGUCGCCGAGGCCGAGUCAGAGGAUGAGGAAGAUGAUGAGAAAAUUGGUGUUGCCGAUGAUGACGGAGCCUUGAAUCCCGACUUCGAGUUUGAUGUGGCUGGCGCGGCCAACCAGGGCGUCACCGAAGGCUUUGAUGGUUGGGGUCUGGACGAGCCUAAGCAGACCGGUCCCCACUCCGACAGAAAGGCUGUUGAUAUCGACGACAUCAUUGAGCGGAGGCAAGCAAAGAAGGAUGCUGCUGCUCAGAAGAAGCAGAAGAAGCAGCCCAAGGUGGAAGAAAGUGCUUCCGAUGCUGAAGACGAGUCUGACGCCGGCAUGGAGGUCGAUUUCGGUGACGAUGAGUUGAUGGCUGAGGACGGUUUCGGCAUGGGCGCCGAUAGUGCUGAAGAGGAGAGUGAUGCCGAAGGUCCUGAAGCCGGAUCUGGGGCGGAAGACGACGAGGAAGAAGGAUCGGACGAGGAAGAGGAAGAAGAUGACGAUGACGCCGCAUCCGAUAAUGACUCCGUUGCGACCCCCGUUGGUCACCCCGAUGACAUUGGCUCCGAUCGCGAAACCGAUGUCGAGAGCGAGGUUGAUGCCGAGGAACAAGAGAAGCGCAAAGCCUUCUUCGCUCCCGAAGAGAAGAUUGACGAGAAAGCCGCCGCUGCGAAGAGCACAUUCCAAGAUUUCAACCUUUCUCGUCCUAUCCUGCGGGGCUUGGCCUCCGUCGGAUUCAUCGACCCCACUCCUAUCCAGCGCAAGGCCAUUCCCGUGGCACUUCUGGGCAAAGAUAUUGUCGGUAGUGCCGUGACUGGUUCAGGAAAGACAGGUGCUUUCAUCGUCCCCAUUCUGGAGCGUCUGCUCUUCCGUCCUCGCAAGGUUCCUACGAGUCGUGUCACUAUCCUAAUGCCUACUCGUGAAUUGGCGGUGCAAUGUUACAAUGUUGCCGUGAAGCUUGCCACUUUCACCGAUGUCACUUUCUGUCAACUUAUCGGUGGUUUCAGCCUUCGCGAACAGGAAAAUAUCUUGAAGAAGCGCCCCGAUGUCAUCAUUGCCACUCCCGGUCGUUUCAUUGAUCACAUGCGCAACUCUCCCAGUUUCACUGUUGAUACCCUGGAAAUUCUGGUUCUCGACGAAGCCGAUCGUAUGCUUGAGGACGGAUUCGCGGACGAGUUGAACGAGAUUUUGACGACUAUUCCCAAGUCACGCCAGACUAUGCUCUUCUCUGCCACCAUGACAGAAUCAGUCGACAAACUUAUUCGUGUUGGUAUGAACCGUCCGAUGCGUUUGAUGGUGGAUGCCAAGAAGCAGACUGUCGGUACCCUGACUCAAGAAUUCGUCCGUCUGCGUCCAGGUCGCGAGGACAAGCGUCUCGGAUGUCUCCUUCACUUGUGCAAGGAGAUUUACACAGGAAGAGUCAUCAUUUUCUUCCGACAAAAGAAGGAAGCGCAUCGUGUCCGCAUUAUGUUCGGUCUGCUGGGCAUGAAGGCUGCUGAGUUGCACGGUAGUUUGAGCCAAGAACAGCGUAUCAAAAGUGUGGAGAACUUCCGCGAUGGCAAGGUCGCUUUCCUUCUUUGUACAGACGUUGCUUCUCGUGGUCUAGAUAUUAAAGGAGUGGAGACUGUUAUCAACUACGAAGCCCCACAGAGCCAUGAGAUCUACCUGCAUCGUGUUGGUCGUACAGCCCGUGCCGGUCGCUCCGGUCGGGCAUGCACUAUCGCUGCUGAACCGGACCGCAAGGUUGUCAAGGCCGCUGUGAAGGCCGGCAAGGCCCAGGGCGCCAAGAUUGUCAGCCGUGUGGUUGAGACCGCGGUGGCUGAUGACUGGAGCCAGAAAGCAGAGGAUCUUGCCGACGAGGUGCAAGAGGUCCUGCAGGAGGAGAAGACGGAGAAGCAAAUGUCACAAGCCGAGAUGCAGGUCAACAAGACCGAGAACAUCAUGAAGCACGGUGCAGAGAUCAUGGCACGACCCAAGCGGACAUGGUUCGAGACGGAGCAGCAGAAGCUUGCAGCCCGUAAGAUUGGUGCGGAGGAGUUGAACGGACCCAACGCGGGUAAGGUUAAGAAGGAUAAGGCUAAGCUUAGCAACAAGGACAAGAAGCGCCUGGACGAUGCUAAGAUGCGCCACGAGGGCAAUGUUGGGUGGAAGAAGGGCAAGGACGAGCGUGAUGCUCCGAAGAUGUUCGGUAAGGACAAGGGCAAAGGCAAGGGCAAGGGCAAGGGCAAAGACAAAAGCAAGUUCAAGAAGGGAAGCAAAUGA